AUGUUUCUCUCCACAAAAUCAUUAUAUUUUGAUACAAUUCUGGACAUCGGUUCGGGUUCGGGAAAUGUGACCGAAGUUUUGGCCGAAAGCAUAAAACACCGACAAAUUAUUGGUUUAGAUAUCGACCCAAAAAUGAUUGACUUUUCGAUACAAAACAAUACAAAACCGUCAAUUGAUUAUCGAUUGGAAGACAUAAGCAAACCGUGGGAUGAGUUGAGCGCCGAUAUCCGAGCGCUGGAGGGAAAGGUGUCUCUCGUGUUCUCGAACUCCACUUUAAUGAUGAUCCAAAACAGGUCCACAUUUGUUCACAAUUUGCGCCGACUUAUGGCCGACAAUAGCUAUGCCUUCACAUCGUUUGUAUUGAUUCAUAACUUUACAACUAAACUCUCACCGGAAGAGAAGUCUGAAUGCGAGAAAUGGAUAAAAAUACCCGAUUAUGACAAACAGGUGUCCAAUUGGACGGAUGUGUUCACCAAACAAGGAUUCACUAUAGAGUUGACUGAAAAGAAUCAUAAUUACAUUAUAAAUGACACUUCACUUAUUGAGCAGGUAAUACCACUGAUGGAAACAUUUCACAGCUAUUAUCACGUGAAUGGCUUGACUACGGCUGACAUUCCUCCGCAUUUAAGGCGCCGUUUUCAGGACCUGUCGGCCGACCAGUGGUGGAACUCCCGGAGCGAAGAACUCGACCCUACGAUCAUUUCGCGGGCGUUGAACGGAGAGUUAGGCGAGUCAAUGAAUGGCACUUCUUUGGGAACCAUUGGAUGUGAUGGUCGACAGAGAGAGGAUAUGACCGCUCAGACCAUCGCUCACUCGCGAGACAUCACUUCUUUGCGAAUCAAUUGA